AUGGUCAACGUUAAGGACUUCAACGCGCCAAACCUCGGCCUACCAACUAACCUCCGAGCGAUUCUUCGCACCGGAGAAGUCCUUUGGGGAACAUGGUGCCACAUCCCAAGCGAGGAAGCGGCUCGUAUCGUGGCCUUGCUGCCGCACGAGUUUUGCUUCAUCGACGGGUCACCACCUGCUUUCUGCCCACAGGAACAUUCGCCCCUGGGACCUGUGGAGCUUACGGCUGUGACGCGAGCCAUCAACUUCUUCUCGGGAGGUUCCAUGGUGCCCAUCGUGCGCGCCACGACGCCUGAGAUGGUCAACCACGCACUCAAUGCUGGUGCAGGCGGAAUCGUCAUGCCACACAUUCAGACAAAGGACCAGGCCGAAGCCCUCGUUCGCCUCGUGCGCUUCCCCCCACGAGGAGACCGCAGCGUGCCACCAAACGCGCUGCUGGGCAGGCAAAAGGAUAUGCCGCCAGGGGUGCGAGCUUUGGAUAUCUGGAACGACCACGUCGCCGUAUUCGCACAGGUUGAAGACGUUGACGGGCUACGUAAUGUCGAAGAAAUUGCAAGUGUGCCUGGUGGUAGGUCGACUUUGCCACAAAUAUCCCACCCACUCCAUAUUCUCAUGACACGCAAUUUCCUCCCGAGAACCAUACAGAGGCCGAUUGCUGACGAGUCAUAUUUUCUGGUCUUAGUCGACGCCAUCAUGGUUGGAGGCUGGGAUCUGCAGUCCUCGCUUGGUAUUGAGCCAAGUUUCGCCAGCACCCAUCACCCCCUGUUUCUCGAGUCCAUCGAGAAGAUUCAGCGUGCGGCGGAUGCCAACGGACUGGCCGUCAUGGGUGGUGGCAUGCCUGAUACUCUUCAGGACCGCAUUAGGCUCGGCUGGACGCUCUUCAUCUGCAAUACAGACGCCGCAGGAAUCCUCAACUGGGGCGAGCAAGCUCUUGAAAAGUACAAAAAGAUUGCGGCGUCAGCGCAGAAAAAGGAGCACAGGAACGGUACCGUCCAAGAAGGAGUUACGGAUGCUGAAUAA